UGACCUUUUUACCAUGACUGUUGGUGAGAACCUUUCAGUUCUUCCUUUUUCUCCAAACGUCUCCUGGGACAAUGGAAGCUCCACUGGCAGCAACCAAACGGAUACCAAUAGGACUCAAGUGCAGGUAGACUUUACAAGGGCUAUGGUCCUUGGAUUCACCUUAGGAGCCUUUAUAUGUGCGGCCAUAGUGGGCAACAUCAUGGUCAUUAUGUCUGUGGUGACCAACAGGCAGUUGAGGAUCCCUACCAACUACCUGAUAGUCAACUUGGCCAUCGCUGACCUUCUCCUCAGCACCACCGUUUUACCUUUCUCUUCAACCCUUGAGAUUGUCAGCUCUUGGGUAUUUGGCAGGAUAUUCUGUGACAUUUGGGCUGCCAUGGACGUUCUGUGCUGCACUGCCUCAAUUUUCAGCCUGUGUGCCAUUUCUAUUGACAGAUACAUAGGAGUUCGCUACUCUCUCCAAUACCCUACUAUAGUGACCAGGAAAAGGGUCUUGCUGGCUCUGCUUUGUGUCUGGAUAUUGGCAACAGUGAUCUCCAUAGGGCCAUUACUAGGGUGGAAGCAGCAGGCGAAUACUGAUGAGUCUGUGUGUAAUAUUACAACAGAGCCUUUCUAUGCCAUCUUCUCCUCCUUGGGCUCCUUCUACAUUCCACUUAUUGUCAUCCUGGUGAUGUACUGCAGAGUCUAUGUGGUAGCCAAAAGGAUCACCAAGAACUUAGAGGCUGGGGUGAUGAAAGAGAGGAUGGACUCCAAGGAGCUGACCCUCAGGAUCCACUGCAGGAAUAUGCAUGAUAGGAUGCCUAACAGCAAAACCAAAAACCAACAGACUCGCAGCUCCUUGUCUCUGAAACUCCUCAAAUUUUCAAGGGAGAAGAAAGCUGCCAAGACGCUUGGGAUUGUGGUGGGUUUGUUCAUCCUAUGUUGGCUUCCAUUCUUCACUGCUCUGCCUUUAGGUUCGAUCUCCGAGCAGUUGCAACCUCCAGAAACAUUGCAGAAAGUUAUCUUCUGGCUUGGCUACUUCAACAGCUGCAUCAACCCAGUCAUCUACCCUUGCUCCAGCAAAGAGUUCAAGAGAGCCUUCAUACGAAUCCUAAGGUGCCAGUGGGGGAACAGAAGACAAUCUGUUUUGCGCAGAUCCCAGUUCCGACCUCGGAGCAGCAGCACCAUGACCCAGCCACGUAAGGAGUCCAUGGAUGACAGACACUUUAUCAAUGGUAGCCAGAGGACAGUGACAACCAUCACUCCAAGCUCAAGCUACAGGAGCAGAUCACCCAAAAAAGAGGACAGUCCUCGAGGCUGGAAGCAUUCUUAUAUCCCUGUAGACUUGGAUCAAAGACAGAUAUCAGAAUCCGAUGUGCAGGACAAAUCGCAAAGUGUCUUCAUUUUUCUAGACCCUUCAGACUAUAAUGGACAUGGCACCGACAUUACAGCUCAAGACUAUAGCGGACCCAAAGCCAACCCCGGUCUGAUUGUAGUGCAGGACUCUAUUCACUUUAGAUAAUAUCCAUUUAGCUGAUAAUAAUUCGUAAAAGUGCCAUAUCCAUGUAUCAGUGGGUAUUUAGAGCUUUUUCAGUAAUCAUAGAUGAUCUGGAGGGGGUCUAAAUACUAGCCUUUAAAGGGAACAAAACUCAGUGACUUACAAAAACAGCAGAAGCAAGGUUUCAUAAAAGCCAACUUAAAGCCCACUUGAAGUUGCAAAAAUAGAUAUAAAGGUGUCU